AGGAGGGUUUAGCCAAAAUGGUGGUGAAGUGCAAGAGCUGACAGGCCCCAUUCACUGCACAGACACAUGCUGUUUAGAUCAGAGCUCAAACUUUAUUCAUGUCUCAGGAAGUGAAACUCAGACAGUCAUUGCUACUGAGAGGUGAAAUGGCGCAGAAAGGAGUUCAGCUGGACCGAGAGUCAUUCUCAUGUUCCAUCUGUCUGGAUCUACUGAAGGAUCCGGUGACUACUUCCUGUGGACACAGCUACUGCAUGAACUGUAUUAAAACCCACUGGGAUGGAGAGGAAGAGAAGAAGAUCUACAGCUGCCCUCAGUGUAGGCAGACUUUCAAACGGAGGCCUGUCCUGAUGAAAAGCACAUUGUUAGCAGAUUUAGUGGAGGAACUGAAGAAGACUGGACUCCAAGCUGCUCCUGCUGAUCACUGCUAUGCUGGACCUGAAGAUGUGGCCUGUGAUGUCUGCACUGGGAGGAAACUGAAAGCCUUCAAGUCCUGUCUCGCCUGUCUGGCCUCUUACUGUGAGAAACACCUCCAGCCUCAUUAUGACUCAGCUCCGUUCAAGAAACACAAACUGGUGGAGCCCUCCAAGAAGCUCCAGGAGAAAGCAGAAAGAACUGAGAGGCAGAGAGAGCUGGAGGUGAGUCGACUCAACAUCCAGCAGAGGAUCCGGGACAGAGAGAAAGAUGUGAAGCUGCUCCAACAGGAGGUGAAGGCUGUCAAUCGCUCUGCUGAUAAAGCAGUGGAGGACAGUGAGAAGAUCUUCACCGAGCUAAUCCAUCUCAUGGAUAAAAGACGCUGUGAUCUGAAGCAGCAGGUCAGAUACCAGCAGAAAAGUGAAGUGAGUCGAGUCAAAGAGCUUCAGGAGAAGCUGGAGCAGGAGAUCACUGAGCUGAAGAGGAGAGACGCUGAGCUGAAGCUGCUGUCACACACAGAGGAUCCCAACCAGUUUCUACUCAACUACCCCUCACUGUCACCACUCAGUGAAUCUACAUCCAGCAUCAAUAUCCGUCCUCUGAGCUACUUCGAGGACGUGACGGCGGCUGUGUCAGAAGUCAGAGAUAAACUACAGGACGUUCUGAGAGAGAAAUGGACAAACGUCUCACAGACAGUGACUGAAGUGGAUGUUUUACUGCCACAACCAGAGCCCAAGACCAGAGCUGGAUUCUUAAAGUAUUCACGAGAAAUCACACUGGAUCCAAACACAGCAAACACACUGCUGUUAUUAUCUGAGGGGAACAGAAAAGCAACAUUAACGAUGCAACAUCAGUCUUAUUCUAGUCACCCAGACAGAUUCACUGAAUGUCAUCAGGUCCUGAGUAGAGAAAGUCUGACUGGACGUUGUUACUGGGAGGUGGAGAGGAGAGGGAGAGGAGUUUAUGUGGUGGUCGCCUACAAGAGUAUCAGGAAAACAGGGAGGUCGGAUGAAUGUGGGUUUGGACAAAAUGACAAAUCGUGGGCGUUAAGAUGUGACAACAACAGUUAUAAAUUUUUGUAUAACAAUAUCAAAACUUCCGUCUCAGGUCCUCCGUCCUCCAGAGUAGGAGUGUAUCUGGAUCACAGUGCAGGUAUUCUGUCCUUCUACAGCGUCUCUGAAACCAUGACUCUCCUCCACAGAGUCCAGACCACAUUCAUUGAGCCUCUCUAUGCCGGACUUUGGCUUUAUUACUAUUGUGGAGACACUGCUGAGUUGUGUAAACUGAAAUAGACAGAAGUCAUUUAAGGGUUAAGUUCUGUGUUUUAACUCUUAAACUCAUUUUGUCUCCAUGUUUGUUGCUGAGAGCUGAUUGUUGUGUCAUUUCUUCACUGCUCAGAGAUCAGAUGUCAAUCAAACAUUAUGGUGGUACUUUGACAUCUUCUCAUGAGUUGUUCUGUAAAUGUGUGAGUGUCUUCAAGUGGCUCUCCUUCCUGUGUCUGUUUCACUGCUCAUGAUGAUCUUUGUUCACCUGAACUGAUAUUUCUCUGCAUGAAUAUGUAAACUUCUUUGGCUUUAAAAGAUAUUUUAGAAAUAAAAACUAUAAUUACAUUGACAUUUAUUUGUUUGGCAGACCUUUGAGCUUUAUGAAACUGUAAUUAUCAUGAUCAUAAUCAAUAAGGAGAUCCUGCAUUAUUCUCGUUCACAUCACUGAGAUUCUGCUCAAACAAACUGAUUGUGUUGAUGAAGUGAAUCUGAACAUGAGAUCAUUGAACAAGAGUCAUUUAACAGACUUUACUGAUGGGAUGUGUGAACAAACUGAAGGUUUCCAUGAUGAAUAAACAAACAUAAACAAAG